ACAUCUCUUCUUUUUAUCUAGAAAAUUGUCCCCUUUAUUCUUGUAAUUAUCCUCAUGGCGGCCAUGGUUUCUUCAUAUUUCUUCAUCUUUCUUGCCCUCUCUGGCAUGGUUGCAGCUGAUCCCGAUCUUCUCCAGGAUCUCUGCGUAGCUAACAAAGCUGCAGGGAUAAAGGUAAAUGGUUUUCCAUGCAAAGACGAAGCAAAAGUAACGGAAGCUGAUUUCUUCUUUAGCGGGUUAGCCAAUCCUGGAGUUAUCAACAACUCAGUGGGAUCAGUGGCAACCGGAGCAAAUGUUGAGAAAAUUCCAGGGCUUAAUACACUUGGAGCGUCGCUUGCCCGCAUCGACUAUCAACCAGGCGGCCUUAACCCACCACACACUCACCCACGCGCCACCGAGAUCAUCUUUGUCCUUGAUGGUGCAUUGGAUGUUGGGUUUAUCACUACAUCAAACAAGCUGAUCUCCAAAUCCGUCAAGAAAGGCGACGUUUUUGUUUUCCCCAAGGGAUUGGUGCAUUUCCAGAAGAACAACGGUGAGAAGCCAGCUUCUGUUAUUGCAGGUUUUAACAGUCAGCUACCCGGAACUCAAUCGAUUGCCGCAACGUUGUUUACUUCAACACCUCCAGUACCGAACAAUGUCUUGACCAAGGCCUUCCAAGUCGGCACCAAAGAAGUCGACAAAAUAAAAAAUAAGCUUGACCCCAAGAAAAGCUAAGCUGAAUGAGGCCCCUUUGCUUUCAGAUCGAGGAGGCUACCUAAAGCAAAAUCAUCAACUGCCGGUUCUCCAUGCGUAACUUUGUAAGAAUAAAUAUUCGACUUCCAAAUUUUCAAAUAAAUAAAAUGUAUCAAACCUAUCGUUUUAUAAGUGAUAAUGAUUGGAGAUGAGUUUAGAUAUUUGUAAUUAAAAAUAUUGUAUUUCUUUGGAAUUGAAUAAAGAAA